ACGGACCACAUGACCGCAAUAAGGAAACGUAGCAAGUAAUUUAACGGUCAGCAAGGUAGCACCAGCUCGACAAGUAGCGGAACGUCCCUUCCUCUCAACGGAAAACUCUUGACUAGCAUGGCUUCCACUCCUCCACACAAUUUCUCCUGGGUCGAUCCAGACAUGCUGGCCGGACUGGCGCUACCCAGGAUGGCAUCUGAAUACCAGUACCUGCUGGACAACGGUAUCAAACACCUGGUGUGCCUGUGCGAGAGAAAACCACCUUGCUAUGACUCGUGCCCAGAGUUACAGCUGCACCACAUCAAGAUAGUGGACUUCACUCCUCCUUCGCCAAGUCAGAUUGAUAGAUUCCUCUCUAUCGUGGAAGAGGCCAACUCCAAGGGAGAGGGUGUGGGAGUUCACUGCAUGCACGGCCACGGAAGAACAGGGACCAUGCUGGCCUGCUACCUGGUGAAGACCAGAAAGAUAUCUGGGAUCGACGCCAUCAAUGAGAUCCGAAGUCUGCGGAAAGGCUCCAUCGAAACUCACGAACAAGAGAAAGCUGUGGUGCAUUUUUAUCAGCGCACAAAGUAGCUUUUACAGCAGGAAUAAAGUCACACUGCUACUUCUGCUAAGGAGCGGAAGGAGCAGUGUUUACUUUUUACAAUUAAUAAGCAUGAAAUAAGUGGAAGAAGUGCCUCAACUUUAUUGCUAAAUGAACAAUUUAUUAUCUAUGAAUAGAAAAAUACAAGCAUUUAAUGAAUGUUUAAAGAGGUGAUUAAAAAAAACUCAAUGUCCUGGAAACAAUACUGAACAACUAUUGACAUCACACACCGGAUGCCUUUGGGACGCAUCUACUGUAAAUACAUCAUCACACUUUUUUCACAUGGUACUACUGUAUACUGUCAUUUUGCUUAGCAAAUGAUUACUUUUGUUUCUAUAGACAUGCGCCUCCUCUGAGGCAUCUGUUUACAAAUCUUGAACCUUCUCUUAUGCACUGGACGCCAGAGAAAAGAGACGCUGACGCUGCUUGAAUGUGAGCUUUUCGGGAGCCGACGCCCUCCUGGUUUUCUCCUCCUGGUUUCUGUGAAUGAACGAUGCUAUUAGAUGAUAUUAGAUUAUAUCAGCACGAAUACUUGUGUGGGGGGAAUCACUUCCGGGGACACAAACGGUAGCCUGUGCCGUUUUAAAAUGUAUUUACAGAGUAAGUAAGUAAAACUGUUAUUCUACUCAGGGACCUCUUUCAAAAGCUUUUUUUUUUGUAAGAAUUAAAUUGCAAUAAUUUAACUAUUUUAAAAAUAGAUGUAAUUAAGAAGCUUGCACAAGUCACUAUAGAUUAGAUUUGAUUGAAUUUCAAUGUUUUACACUUUAAACUCACUCUUUUGAUGACAUGUUGUUAAAGUCUUGACUCCGUCCACUCUGUCUUUGAUCUGCCAAAAACAUGGAAAUGUUUCAAUGUACAACAAAAUAAGAUGUCUGAUGAGCACGAACUCUUAUGAAUAAAUGAAACCGACAAAC